AUGCCAUACGAAACAAGGGCAAGAAUCAUCAAGGAAAAAUUGAUGCGCCCCGAAAAAUACAUUGGCACUCCGACGAAUGGUACAGAUACUAUUAUAAUCUUAUCAAUAUAUGAGGACGAUACCGAGUUAGCUCUUAAACGUUUAACACGAAAUAAGGAACACAUUCUAGCUGAAUAUCGUCCAGCAGUAAAUUUGUCUCAACUAUCGUUACCAACGUUCACUGGUGAUCUUAAAACAUGGAAAGAGUUUUGGAAUAUAGACCAAUUUUGGAAGUUAGACUGUAUUGGUAUUCAAGAUCGACUUGAUACACAAGAUGAUAAGCAAGCACUAAAGAAUUUAAGAAGAGUAUCACUAAGCAAAAUGGGAUAUGAAGUACGUCGGCCAUGGAAACCAUGCAAAGACAGCGAUAAUUACGGAUUAUACAUUUACGAAUGCUGA